CUCACCCUGUUUCUACUCAACUCUCUUUUUUUGACUCCAUCCCUCCCGCUUUCUCACAGUCCGUGCAAGAGCGAGAGGUUUGCAAGAGUCACGUUCUCCACAGAGAAAAGCUCUUGACUUCACACAUGGGUUUUGUUGACUUCAGAACGAGUCUUUACCUCCGAUUCACCAGAAGAAGGAUUUAAAGAUACGUACAAGAGGGUGUUGGGGUGAGUACAAUGAAAAGGAUCCAACCGUUCACCAUUGGGACCAAGUUGUCAGUCCCAUCUGAGACCAAAUGUCCGGAUUAUGUAGGCACCAUCCUUCCUGUCCCAGCUCUGGAUGGUUGCGAACUCCGAAAUGACUCGAGCGAUGACAUUUCUCCUUUGCAUCACAAUUCUGCACCUGUGGAAGAACAUACAGAGGACUUUAAUGAGGAUGUUAAAGAGGAAGAAGACAGGGACUCUGUGUCUCCACCAGCUUCCUCCAGAUCCAUCAGGAAGAUUGCGAUGUGUGCGAACUCCGAGAGCCAGAAGGAAUGUCAUGUCACAAAGUCGUUGCCUGUUGAGGAAAGAUUGAGCGACUGGUCUGAUACACAGCUGGAGACUGAGCCAUGGAUGAAAGGACUGAAGUUAAAGGACCUUCGUAAUGAUUAUAACAUGCCAGAAUACCCACAAGAUGAUCCAGACGACGUGUCUCACAGCCAGAGGAGAGACCUCAAAGACUUUGAGAACUCGCUCAUCCAACUCACAACGAGUCUGGACUUGACACAGCUCUCAAUGCAUCACCUGAACCAGGAAAAAACAGAAAGUCCUCAUCAGAAGAAGACAGAUGCAGUAGAUCUAGGAUUGGAGAUGCUUAGAAGACAGAGCCCAGGGGACCACGUUGACAAAUCGUGGUUGAAACUGAGGUCACUCCUGCGAGACUAUCAUCAGGAUCUCAUGCUGGCUCUGGACGUGUCUUCAUUUUACCAACAAGCGGAUAGCAUCAUUAGUGCCAUUAACUGCAAGAUGAGCCAUGCAUUGGUGACCGACUUGCAAAAAAGCAGUCAAGACAAAGAGACGAGAGAAAUGACCUUCCAAAUCAAUAUGCUGAAUGAGUCUGCGUCUCGCCUGUCAAAUCUCCACCCAACCCUGGCCAGAAGAGUUACGUGCAAACAGGCCGAGGUCAAGGAGAACUGGGCACUUCUACAGGAGCAUUUCCGGAACCAAAAGACAGAUGUGCUUCCCAAACACCAGUCAACUUUAGCCGCAGAUCCUCUAACCACAUGCCCUGACUCACAGAGCUUUGCUAGAAACGAGGGUCACGGCGUAAUGGGAAAAGAUGUCAAGGAAGAGCAAAACCGUCUCCGAGGAUUUGAGUGCUCUCAAGGCCUUUGGCCACUUAGGACGUGGAGUCCGGUUGAGGAAUGUUCUGCCGGAAGUCGAGGCUCACUAUCGGAAAGCAGCUGCUCCAACCUGGACAACAUCUCUGAGAAACAAGACAUGGACAGGAGGAGCUACAGCGGCCAGAUGGUUCAAACUACCCAUGUUCCCUCUCAGGAAGGUCUCGUUCCUAAUAAGGUGUUGAAGGAGUCGACGACGUCCACUGUAAUGGACAAUACAAAUCUGAUCCUUAGAGAAGACCAAAAAAUGGAGGAACUCCUAAGCCAGGUGGAGGUGCUUUGGGAUGCUCUGCAGAAGAAAUACGGAGAGAACGAUGACAUCAAACUCGCUGAGAAAGAACUAUCUGGAGAUAACGCUGUGCAGAUGAUGCCAGAACUCCCACUUUCUAACCAUCCCCCUCAAAAAGCAGAGGAGGCCGGUUCUGGAAUGCUCGCAAAAUUUCUUGAACUUUUGGAUCCCAGUGGUUAUCACAAAACGAGUCGGGAUGUCCCUGGUCUUCAGAAUAGCCCAGAAAUGUCUGAGGCUGGAAUGUCACGGGAGCUACAAGGAGAUCAAACUUAUCCGGAGAGUUUACGGAAGCACGAUCAAACCACAGAGGAGCUACAGAGCUUGCUGUCUACAUUAAGACUACGGAUCAACCAGCAUCUCUCCCGCUGUGCUGAACUCAGUAUGGACCUCCUGGACACAGAGAUCUUUGACUCUGAUCCCAGUGGACUGGAGGGGCUACAGGAGCAGCAAGAUGACCUUGAGGCUCAUUAUCACAUUAUUGAGGGAGAAGUGACAGACUUGGAGAGACUAGCCAGUCAACUGCAGGUUCCUCCCCCAGAACAGAGAGACACGCUCAGGGAAGAGGCUCAGGCGAUUCUGCAGGCUUGGGAGGAAGUAGGCCGCAACAUGGCUGAAAACAGAGGGCGCCUGGAGAAGUUCCAGCACAUACAGGACUAUUUCGAAAACUAUCUUGCCAUGAUUACGUGGACAGAAAACACCAGAUCUUGUGUCCUCGCCGGCAGUGCCGCCUGGAGAGAGAGUGAAGUUGCAGAAAUGGAUUGCAGCAUUGAAACAAAGCUGGACGAGUUUAACAAACUGGCUGCAGCUGGACAAAUGCUUAUGCAAGAGGAGACUCAGUUUAAAAACAUUAUCAAAGAGAGGACAGAUGAGAUGCAAAGCAUGCUCAGAUGGGUCCAAGUCAAUUGGCGCACUCAAAGAGAGCAACUUAAAAGAGACCAAAAUGAGAGACCAGAGAGGACAAAUGAUCUUGCCCAACAGAAGCUUUCGUCUGAAAGUCUGUGCAUUAUAAACGGAGAGGGAAUGGGAGGCGCUAUUGAAGCGCAACCCUCUCAAAACAUCCGCAAACAAAAGCCUGGGAGUCAAGAUGUGUCCAGCGUUGUAAGCCAGGAGUCCUGCCUUGCGAAGACAUCCCUUGGCUCAAGCAUCUGUCUCAUUUUAAGCUUUGAUGAGCAGUCCUCAGAGAUCAACCAAGUGAAGAAGCAAUGGUCACCGAACAAUAGUGAAGUACACUGCAUCUCGAAUGACAUUACAUUAUCAACCCCCAAAAAAGAACAAAUAGGAGAGUCAACAAGCAACAUUCAGGUGCACACACAGCAGUUACAAGACAACAACUCAAUGCCAAUGCAACAGACACUAGAGAUACUCCCAAAUGUAUCAAGCAUCACUGAAGAGACAGAGCACAAGUCACCAUGUGGAAAUACAGCACAGGAGCAGAAGUCAACAAACAACACUAAUCACGGUCAACCAGUCAAGUCACCAUGCCAAUCGUCGCCAUGCAAUGUUCAACCAUCGUUUUGCAACUACCCUACAGAAGGCCUGCAAACACCUACCAACAUCCCAAAACACCCUCAUCUAUCACCAGGCAUGGAUCAGAUGGAAAAGCCAGAUCUAUCAGUCAUGCAUCAAUUGCAAAACCAACACUCACCAAGAUACAACCAAGAGUGGACAAAACAAUCGCACAGCGAUCUAGAAACAAACCAAACGCCAUCAGACACAAAUCAAGUCUUACCGAACCAAAGCAACGAGCACCUGCGUCAUGAAGUGCCAGCUGAAGUCACUCAUAGAGUGUUCACGUAUUUGCAUGUCUCAGACAAUUACAAAUCCCCAUCACAUGCAACAGGGGAGGAUAAAACAACCUCCGCCUUGUGUUCUUCAUCAGUGUCCCUUUCUUCCUCUCAUCCAUCCUCCUUACUCUCACAAAAUGUCACUCCUGAGGGAGGGACUGUUUGCAACCACAACAGAUUCAGUGCCAGUUCUGUGUUCACGCGGAAAGAGCCGAUCAGAAGCAGGAAUGGUGAGCAUCGAAGGCACUCCUCGCUUGGCAACGUAGGAUUGGAAGGAUCUGCUGAACCUUCCAACAUUUUCAGGCAGAGGUGUAACACUUGGCCAGAAGGCGAGAGGAGGGGUCAGGAAAGUCAGUCAAACUCCAGACCUCAGGUGCUCAUUAAAGCGAGCAUGUUACCGGUGGAUUGGACAAUUUGCCUAGUACUAUCAAGACUCAGAGCGGACCAGUUAAAAACAUCUGCUCUUAUCUGUCUCUGGGAUCCAAACUUAGCUUCAGUCUUCCCAAGAGAUUUCACAACAGUGUCUCAGACUCAGAGAACAAAAAAGACAUCGGACCUGGCCUGGUUUAUGACAACCCAGCUGACUCAAAUGGCCAACCUGUACGCUCAUCUCAAACUCCAAUGGAGGUAGAACCAGUCAUUUAUACUAAACAAACUGAAGUGGAUGCAGAGCCAAAUGCAGACUGUGAAGUGUUGACUUUGGAAGACUUGGAAGAUGUUGAACCAACCAGUGAUGUUGAGGAUGUACAUAGCCGAGUCUUGAUGCAAGAGAGGUUCGCCACACCAGUUGAAUGCCCUCAGUGGCAAUACAGUCGGCCAGACAAAGCAUCUCUGAACAGCCGUAACGAUUCCUCCAAAGCCAACAGUGCAGCCAAUCAAUGCUGCCCUUCUUCAUCAACCUGUGGCGAAGAAUGCAUUAGUGUUUACACCAAAAUAAAAGACCUGAAUGGUCACUUAUACAAUGCAUCCAAAUACAUGAAGGUAAGAUCCCUGUCGCACACCUCAGUCUCUCGUAAGAGCGCCCGUGUCAUAGACUGUGGUGUGAGAGACUGUGCAGUGUGUUUCAGCGACACAUUGAAAGAGACAUUACCUGUGAGAGAAAUGAGAGUUACCUGUGCAGAGAAGCCUGACAUCAGCACGGAGGCGGUUCUUCAGCCGGGUCACUGGCUUUUCCAACAGGAGGAAGAGGAACUGAAAGAUAUCUGGAGACAACUGCACUAUGGAAACAUAUAUGGUUGAAGAGAAAGGGUUCUCAAUCAAAUCCAACAGGGGACAUGUGACCCACCCACUCUAUGGAUGAGAAGGUCUUAAUUUGGCCAUGUAAGCCACUCACAUCAAUGAGAUGGAUUAUUGUGGACCGGUUACCCUAUAAUUAUUUGGACAACUCGCCAUUUAUCUGCUGUACAUUUGAUAACUGAUUUGAUUAUUUGUAUACUUCUCUAUAUCAAUGUGGUAAAUGUAAUGGAAAACUGCCAAUGUUAUGGUUGGAUGAGUUACAGUGCAGAUCAUGUACUACACAAUGAAUAAUACAAUGCAUAUAGCCAUCAUGAGUGGUUCUUCAACAUUUCAUGCCACCUAUCCACCACCAAUGUUCCCUCAUUUUUUCCAGCAUCGAGCAAACUUUAAAUUGUUUGAGUGCAAGACUUGUGCACAAUGCAACACACACACACACACACACACACACACACACACACACACACACACACACACACACACACACAAUGCCAUAUUUAGAAUAAUAUCAAUAUCCCUGUAGUUAUCCCUAAAAUACAUAGCAAACUUUAACCCCCGAUGCAUAUGUUUGCAUACAUUCAUACAGUUGUAAAGAUGUAUUUUCUUCAUAAAACUACUUUUUUGACAAUUAAA